AUGGAGGUCGUACAGGAGCUGUUCCCUGGUAAAGUCAUCUCAAAGAGAGGUAACAUCGAGUGGUCACCACGAACCCCAGACUUGUCCCCACCGGAUUUCUUUUUGUGGGGAUUUCUCAAGAAUUAUGUCUAUUCCAAUAAACCGAGGACAAUUACUGCCUUAAAAGCGAACAUUCGAGCAGAAAUGGCGGCCAUAUCGACAGCAACGUGCCGGCGUGUUUUUGAAAAUUUAAAGUCCCGCUUAGAAGAGUGUUUGCGGCGAGACGGGGAACACCUAGACGAUGUUAUUUUCAAGAAGUAA